CUGUGCGGUCCGAGGAGAAGCCUGGUGUGACCGCAGGGAGCCGGGGACGCAGGGUCUGAGGAUAACUCUGGCCAUGGCAGCCCAAAAUCUUACAGAGGACCCCAACCUUCACUUGUAGUGGUGCCCGGGUUCCUUGGACCUGUGCUGACACUCUUUCUGCAAAGAAUGGCCAAAGGUCUCCUGGUGACCUAUUGUUUCUGGGCUGUGGGGGGCCCUGCCGGACUCCAUCACCUGUGCUUGGGGCGGGACAGCCAUGCAUUGCUCUGGAUGCUUACUUUGGAGGGUGGUGGGUGGGAGUUCUGGAAGCUCCCAAGCUUUGUAGCCCAGGCCAGCAGAGCCCAAGGGCACAGGCAGAGUGCAGGUCGGGGGAGGUCCCCACUGAGUGUCAUUUGUUUUGCAAUGGCUGGAGUAGUGGGCAUCUAUUUUGGCCUUGUGGCUCUCAUUAGUCUUUCUUUCAUGGCCAACUUCUAUAUUGUGGGCCUCCCACUGGCAGUUGGCUUAGAGGUCUUGCUGGUGGCUGUCGUUGGCAACCGGACCUCAGAUGUCAAGAACACGUUAGGUCAGCCUUACUUCACUUCCCCCAUCUUCUAUGAAUGCCCAGUUGCUAUCCUGCCCAUUAUCUUAGCAGCCAGCAUCGCAGCUCAGAAGCAUCAUCGCUACAAAGCCUCUGUGAGGUCAGAGACACUUGGUGCGUGACUCUGCCAUCUGGGCUUGGCUUACCUUGCUUUCACCGGCCCCUUGGCAUACAGUGCCCUGUGUCACACCACUGCCACCCUCAGCUAUGUGGCAGAGACCCUUGGCUCUUUAUCGAGUUGGUUCAGCUUCUUCUCCCUCCUUGGCCACUUCUUGGAGUCCGCCUGCCCUCUGCCUUACCGGGUUUGGAGGCUCUCGGUGGGGGACCCCGGCUUUAGCAGCUCCUUUCAGGAGUGGGAUAAGCUCUAUGAGCUUGUUCAAAGUUUUCAAGAUGAGACGCAUCAGCUGGUUUACCAGGUCUUGGGAAUCUCAGAGGGCGCCACAGAUGAAGAAAUAGACCAGAGAUUCCCGGAGCUAGUGAAACUCUGGCGCCCUGACCACAACCAACACCAACCAGAGGAAGCUCAGCGGCACUUCCUAGAGAUCCAGUCGUUGUAUGAAAUCGUGAGUCGGCUCAGGAAACCCGGGAGAGCCUGGAGCUGA